AUGCGUCUGAAUCCCGUAUGCAUUUAUAUGUUUUAAUAAAGACUUAUCAUUAUAUAUCGUUAACCCUCGUGACUUUUAUCCUCACUAUCUGUUUACGUGGUGGGCAUUGAACCCGAGUACAGAAAUGUUACCAUAGCUAUGAGCAUCCGGAGAUCAUCAUCAGUGUUUCUAUUGGUAAUCACAGCGUUUUUGGGCUUAUAUGUGUAUUUUUAUAUCUUGCUUGGUAAAAAGAACUGGAGCACAAAACACAAAUCAUUACCCGAUAGGAGUCUCUGUUUUUAUAAUGACACAGCAGAUAAUAUGAGAUGGAAUUUACCAAACGUGCCAAAACAUUCACUCCAAAAUGACACGGUGGAACUUUUGUCAUUGGAGGUUAUGCGGCAUUUCACAUGGCUCAAUAAGACGUUGUGUCAAGGUUUCCUCGUUCUGAUUCUCACGCCAAUUCAAAACAGUGAAGAUGAUUUGGAGAGAUACUUAAACCUUAUUAAAAGUUUAGAUUAUCCAAGACAUUUGCUGUCUGUUUCCUUUGGUGAGGAUGGUAGUCAAGAUAAAACAUUCGCCAAAGCUCUGAUAGUGGCGGAACAAUUAAAAGCCCUUGGCAUCCGCCGAGUAGAUGUUCACCAUUUCAACAUCACUGGUCAAGUUAGGAGAAGUUGGGCAAAUGAACAUUCAUAUGCAAAGCAGCUUCAGAGGAGAAGCCAUCUAGCUAAAGCUAGAAAUUUGCUUCUAGACGCAGCUCUGAAGGACGAAGAUUAUGUCCUGUGGUUAGAUUCAGACAUUAAAACUGUCCCUCUGGAUUUAAUUCAACAAAUGCUUCACGCAAAUAAGGACCUUGUUUCAGCCUCUUGUCUGUUCAAAGACAGAAGUGGGCGCCUGCGCAUUUACGACAAAAAUACAUGGAGAGAAACGGUUGAAUCUCUGCAGAAACAAGAAAGAUUUCCAAAGAACCAACUUGUUGUAGAGGGAUACGGCCCGUCUCUAAAAAUAUACCUCCCUCAUUUAAGAGGAGAGGGUAAACGGGCCGUUCCUAUAGAUGGCGUUGGUGGUUGUAGCUUACUGGUAAAGGCGGAUUGUCACAGAAAUAAACUUCGUUUUCCAGAGACUCUGUACAAGAGGCAUAUCGAAACAGAAGGGAUGGCAAAAAUGGCAAAGGACAUGGGGUACAGUGUGUACGGUUUGCCUUUUGUAAACGUUUUCCAUUCAUAGAUUGGUUAAUAGAUUUCUCCAUGAAUAACUUCUCAAUAAUAUAUAAACAAAACAUUUGAAAAUCUUUUGCUUUUAUUCGUUUAAAAAAUACUAAGGCUUGAAAGAACAUCCGUACAACUCAAAUCGCAUGCCCACAUAGUUGUUCGCAUUGUUGGAUUUCCUGUUGAAGUCUACCACAUUUAGUCUAAUGUGUUGUGCUAGAAGAGGCGGAUCAAUGUUCUGAAGUUUGAUGGAAGUCUGGUCAGUGUUACCGUCAAAGUACUGUAAAAACAAAUCAAUUAGAAAAAGCGAGGAAUAGGAGAGAAAUAGAUAGUUAUCCACUAAUA